CGAGGCCUCUUCUUGGUGACUGGGAAGCACCUUCCCCCACGAUGCUUGCCUUAAACUGACGCUCGGCCCUUAUUUUGGAUGAGUUUGUGGCGCUUCCGGGGACGAAAAGCCGGAGGAAGAACCCACCAUGAAAGAGAAGUCCAAAAAUGCGGCCCGGACUCGACGGGAGAAGGAAAACAGCGAGUUUUACGAACUGGCCAAGCUGCUGCCUUUGCCUUCGGCCAUCACCUCCCAGCUGGACAAGGCCUCCAUCAUCCGGCUCACCACCAGCUACCUGAAGAUGCGAGUCGUCUUCCCCGAAGGACUGGGAGAAGCCUGGGGCCACCCAAGUCGAACCAGCCCUUUGGACAAUGUUGGGCGAGAGCUGGGAUCCCAUCUGCUGCAGACUUUGGAUGGUUUCAUAUUUGUGGUAGCUCCAGAUGGCAAGAUCAUGUACAUCUCUGAGACCGCCUCUGUUCACUUGGGUUUGUCACAGGUGGAGCUGACCGGCAACAGCAUCUACGAGUACGUGCACCCGGCCGACCACGACGAGAUGACGGCCGUCCUGACCGCCCACCAGCCCUACCACUCCCACUUCGUUCAGGAAUACGAGAUCGAGCGCUCCUUCUUCCUCCGGAUGAAGUGCGUCCUGGCCAAGAGGAACGCCGGCCUCACCUGCGGGGGAUACAAGGUCAUCCAUUGCAGCGGCUACCUCAAGAUCCGCCAGUACAGCCUGGACAUGUCUCCCUUCGACGGCUGCUACCAGAACGUGGGCCUGGUGGCCGUGGGCCACUCCUUGCCGCCCAGCGCCGUGACCGAGAUCAAGCUGCACAGCAAUAUGUUCAUGUUCAGGGCCAGCCUGGACAUGAAGCUCAUCUUCCUCGACUCGCGGGUAGCCGAGCUGACCGGUUACGAGCCCCAGGACCUGAUCGAGAAGACCCUCUACCACCACGUCCACAGCUGUGACACCUUCCACUUGCGCUGCGCCCAUCACCUGCUGCUAGUGAAAGGGCAAGUCACAACGAAAUAUUACCGUUUCCUCGCCAAACAGGGUGGCUGGGUCUGGGUGCAGAGUUAUGCUACCAUCGUCCACAACAGUCGAUCUUCCCGGCCUCAUUGUAUUGUCAGCGUCAACUAUGUUCUCACGGAUACAGAAUACAAAGGACUACAACUUUCGCUGGAUCAGGUUUCAGCUACAAAGCCGUCAUUUCCAUAUGCAAACUCAACUCCAACUAUAACUGACAACAGGAAGGGCAGCAAAGCACGUCUCGCAAGCACCAAGUCAAAAUCUAGGACAUCACCAUAUCCACAGUAUUCUGGAUUUCAUACUGAAAGAUCUGAGUCUGACCAUGAGAGCCAAUGGGGUGGAAGUCCAUUGACUGACACUGCAUCUCCACAGUUAAUGGAUCCCUCUGAAAGGCCAAACUCUCAGCAUCAUGAUAUCUCCUGUGCCUAUAGACAAUACUCGGACCGCAAUGCUCUCUGCUAUGGUUUUGCACUUGACAAUUCCAAGCUGGCAGAUGAGAGACACUUCCAUACUCAGGCCUGUGAAGGUGGCAGGUGUGAAGCUGGCCGAUACUUCCUUGGCACACCCCAGUCUGGGAGAGAGUCAUGGUGGGGUUCUCGCUCUGCCCUGCCCCUCACCAAGUCUUCUCCGGAGAGCAGGGAGACCUAUGACAACAGCAUGCCUCACAUAACUUCCAUUCACCGGAUACAUGGAAGAGGGCACUGGGAUGAAGAAAGUGUUGUUAGUUCCCCAGAUCCUGGUUCUGCAAGUGAAUCCGGGGACCGCUACCACUCAGAGCAUUAUCAGGACAGUCCGCAUGAGCCCAGCAAAAUUGAAACUCUCAUCAGAGCAACUCAGCAGAUGAUAAAAGAAGAAGAAAACAGGCUACAGUUACGAAAAUCGACUUCUGACCAGCUGGUUUCCCUUAAUGGAGCAGGAAAGAAACAUUCAGCUUGUUUUGCAAACUACCACCAGCCACAGCAGUUGAGAGGAGAUGUCUGUCGGGGCCCCAGCAUCUCCAACACCACAUCUCCCUGUGAACACACACAACAACGAGAAGGGAAGAUGCUCAGCCCUCAUGAGAACGACUACGACAACAGCCCCACAAGCCUCUCUAGAAUAAGCAGCCCCAAUUCUGACCGCAUUUCUAAAUCAGGAUUGAUCCUGGCAAAAGACUACCUUCAUUCUGAAGUGUCACCUCAUCAAACUCCAGCAGAGAACAAUCCCACGGGUUCACCAAACUAUUACAGUUCCCAUAGGCAGUAUUUUGAUAAGCACGCUUACACGUUGACGGGAUAUGCUCUGGAGCACCUUUAUGACAGUGAAACUAUUAGAAACUAUUCUUUAGGUUGCAAUGGAUCCCACUUUGAUGUGACUUCUCAUCUAAGGAUGCAGCAAGAUCCAGCACAGGGACACAAGGGGACAUCUGUUAUAAUAACCAAUGGAAGCUGAUGGGUAUUUCCCACACUUUUUUUCUUACUUAAAAAUAUGUUUGUGCUAGAAAAGAAACUUUGCAGUAAUAGCAGCAGGCAUACAUGUUUCAACAACCUUGUUGUUACCAGUCGUUGAUAAACUACAAUGCACUAGGAGGUGGGAAUUGUAAGGUAGUGAACAGGUCUCUGUUCAUCCAUCUUCUUGUUUUAAUAAAGCACUGGCAUUGAUGCUCAAGACAUGCAUAGAGCUGUAUCUAAGAUAAAUCUAAAAGAUAGCAAAAAUAUUAUGGAGGAGGUCUAAGCCACAAACAUCUGUGAGAUACCCAAUAAGCAGUUUGGUGCCACUGGAAUAAUGAUAGAUAAGGCCAGAAUUCCUUAGCAGCUUGACCUCCUCUGGCUCUAGUAAAACAAACCCACUAGGCACUCUUUACAUGCAAAGAAGGGAAAGGAAUGGGAAAAGGAGAAAUGGAUAUUUUGAAAUGUCAAAACAAAAUUGGUAUAAUUUCACAUUUAUACAAGUAUUUCUCCACAAUUGGUGCAAAGCAUGACUGGCCAAAAGUUAAAAUUCCUACAUAUUUAUUUGCUGGGUAUUGACAAUUGUGCAGAGGUCUGUAUGCUAGGUAGAGACACACAACAUGAGUAGAAAGCAGACUACUUGAAAGGAAAGAAUAGGAAAUUAACGUUUCCUUGCCUGGUUUGAAUAAUGGAAGAGCUGUAACUGUGUGGAUCUAGACCAGAGGGCCAGUUUCAAUUGUGAUCCCAUUCUGAAUGAUGAUUAUGGUCUAGGGAAAAAGAUAGUUGUAGGUAAGCAAAAAACAGUUUGGCAGGCACUACAUGUCUGAUGGCAAUCUAACCAGGAGUAUGAUGUGAGGAGGUAGAUGAACAGUUUUCCUUCUAGCUAAAGAAGCAAUUGGGGAAGGUCCAGCAGGGAAGCAGUUAGAGGAGCAGGUCAAAGCCACAAGUGGAAAGUUAUAACAAAUACGUUACCAAAAAGACCUUAAACAAAAUCAAAUGAAUGAAAAGCUAAAAAGGAACAAAGCUUUUCUAAAUGGAUGAUUUUCUCCAUUGCAAAAUAACCAAAUGAGUCACAGGUAAUGAUGUCAGUGAACUGAAUUUGGUGAAAACUCAAUCUUUUUUCUCAUACUUAGUCAUAUUUUAAGCAGCAAACUCAUUUGUUGUAAUGGGGCUGACUCUAAAAUACUGUAAGUUAGUGGUAGCAUUUUAAUCUGUGAAAAUGUCAUGACAUCGCUCUGUUUUCAUUUUUCUCCACAUAUUUCAUGUCAGAAUGGAAUACGGCUAACACAAAUGUGGGGAAUCUGUGAUCUUCCCAAUGAUAUUAGACUUUCAUCCCAUUUUGAGGGGUGGGGGGGGGGAAUAAUCAUCUUUGCAUGACAUUUUAUGGGGUUCCGUCUUUAAAGAAGAAGGAAAAUUUGCUUACCUCAUCACACAGGAUUACCUCCUCCCCUUUCUAGCUCAACCAUCCACUUAAUUUCCCAUCACACAGACUGGCAAUUGCCACAGCUUUAAAACAUUCAUUUCAAUGGGAUUUUCUCCCCUCUUUGAAUCCUCCCUCUUGAAAAGACCAGCAAACCUUUAGUAACCCUUUCCACAAUCAAUCCCUCCUUUGAAUCCCUCCACUUUUAACAAUUCUUUCAAUUGAAUCUUUCCCCCUUCUCUUUGAAACUCUCCUCUAGAGGAGAUCAGCACAUUAACAAACACUUCUUUCAGUGGGACACACACUGUCUUUAUACCACUAACGCACAGAUAGAUCAUAAAACAGAGUGUCAAUGGCCAUUUUUGGGCAUUUCUACACACAUGCAAUGGAGUGGAGUCAAUUUGUGGCUGGCUUUGAAAUCCUCCCGUUUCUGCAUGCUGUGGAAAUGGGGUCCCACGAGGAACUACUGGAAGCAAUCCUGCAUCAUUUGAUGGGCUCAGUGGAAGCCCGUCUUUGAACUGUGUAGAAACAGAGGGAAAAAACCGUAUGAUGAAGUUUUACUCCGGACAGGUCACUAUAGUUGGUGUCUAGAUGAGUUGAGACCACAUUGUUUCCACUGGGCUGUCACCUAAUCGUCUGUGUUGUCACCAUUGCUCACAGUCAGCCAUGGAGCUCCAUCCAAGCACUUGCCUGUUGCCUGUUGCAGAAACUGACCAUAGAGUUGCCCUGGAGGACCUAGUGAUUUCUAGGGGGAAUAUAUGAACAAAAUCCAUAAAAAUAUACAUGUAAAUGUGGAGGGCUGAUUGUAGUUUUACAUUUCAUACCAACUGAUCAAGUAGCACUUCUUUCUAUCUUCAGUAACACCGAUGACAUUGGAAAAAAUAGUGACACAAAAAUGCUCAACCAUGACAGAAAGAGCAGCAGGCUGCAACAGCUAAUGACACCAUGGUAACACGUGGUCAAUCAAUUCAGAUCUAGCGAUAACAUUUGUUUUGUACUGAUUCUAAGUAUUAGUGAUGAUUUUUAAAAUAGAAAUUCACCAGUUUAGCACGGGGCUUUGAACACUUUGUUCUGACUUGGAAUCUCUCAGUAUUUAACCUUGUGGUACUGAAUUAGGAUGGCCACAUUUUUAUUUCUAAAUAGGUUUCUCAUCUUCAAGGACUACAUCGGAGACAGACUCAGUGUAGAGAACCUAUUGAACCUAUUGUACCUAUUGAAUUUGGUCAAGAUGGAUGGCAAUUUCAUUAAUUUUCUCCUAAUAAUUUAGCAAAAUCCAAGAGUAUCAUAAAAAUGAAAAAGUAUCUUGAGCUAUUAUUUAAACAAGUUAAUGUGAGAGAACCAUCCUUUGCUAGGUUUGUGCUAAACAACCAUGUGGAAGUAGUAAUGUCUAGUUUGGAAUAACCAUAUUGACAAGUUGAAUCUCCCCUGAUUCAGUAUGAGCUUAGCCGUCCCACCAUGCUUGCAUAAAUCAAUACGAAGGAGAGUCAAUGGUUAACAUGGGCAUGCUGUGUGGGAAGUGACUCCUUUCACACGAUGUCAUUCAUCAGCAUGCUCUCAUAUCCAUCAGCAUCAACUGACAGAGACUAGGACAUGUGUAACCGAGUAACUUCAGUGGUCAAGAUAGCAAACAUUAUGAAUGAGGAAGAUCUUGCAAUUUAGGAGAGGUUGCAGAAGUUUGCUUUCACCUGAAUCCAUAUGGAUGAAAAAAACUUGGUUUCUUCUUUUCCUCUCCCAUCAGUUGAGUUAAUUGAAUUAUCCAGUCAAUUUCAGCCUUGAUUAGACUGAAAGUUGAUGGUCUGCAAAGGAAUCGACACCACUAGAUUAAAGUUGCUGAUGUUAUCACAUUGAAUUCAGUUUGCAGCAGCUGAAAGACGGAAAGUAGAAGGCGAAAGUAACUGGGACAUUUUAAAUGCAGGUGAACAAAAUGGAAUGACAGAAGAUUAACUGGGUCUGACCUUGCCAAAUUCAGGAAGUUAUUGGGUAUGUGCUGUGCAUAGAAUAUCAUAGGAAGUCUGAAUUAAAUAGUAUGCCUAAUAACUCUACUAUUAGGUAAACUGAGGCAGGUCACUAGCUUCCUCUUCUCCAAAGGCAGGCAAACUGUUUUGGGCAAGUCUUGUGAAUAGAAUUUCAAAGUUUAUGAACAGAAAAAUGCUAGAGCAUCAAUCAACUUUUUCUUCAGAAAUGACUACAUUUUUGAAUUAUGAUACUUAUAGGCUUUAUACAUAUGAAAGUUGGGACUCCGAAGAUGCUGUCAAGAGUUGUCAAAGUUUGAUAAAAGACUGAAUUUAGGCAUGAGAGGAAAUGAAAUGAAAUUCCUUUUCAUAUAACUGUCUAAGCUGCAAAGCCCAUUUACUAAAUUGUCUGCUAGAUCUCUUCACAAAGAAGUGCCCGUGAAAUGUGUCUCUGUGAUUAUGGUAACCUUCUAAUCACAAUAAUAGAUCUGAAUAGAUUAUGCUAAAUACAAACUACAUGUUUUCUCCAAAAUGUAGGGGAGGAAAGGGUGAGUAGUCUCUCAUGUAUAGAUAUGCUGUUGACCACUUCUUUCUCAGAGCGUUCAUUUUUUUAAUUGUUUGUACAUACAAUGUGACAUUUUCCUUACAUUGAAAAUGUGGCUAUUUAUCUGAAUUAAGAUUCCAUUUUCUUAAACUUGGAUCUAACAAUUGCUAUAACUUAGGAGCACUUCAUAAUUCUUGCAAAAUUAAUAUGACAUUUUUUCUCAUCUGGAAGACAUCUUGGGUAAAUGCGUAUUUGAAAUAUCAAUUUAUAUCUGCAUUAAGCAUCUUUUAGAACAGUUAUAAAUUGAUUUUUGACCUUCAAAUACUUGUUUUACAUUAAUUAUGAUAUAACAGUUUUCCAAUGUAAUCUGAAUAUUAAUGCAAUACAUUUGCUUUCAAAUGUAACCUAUGCCAAAAGCAACAAAUAUACUUAACGAUUUAUCACAUUACAAUGUAACAGUGUUAUAACACUAUGAUUUUAUAGUGGCACGUUAGCUGCCAUGGCAACAUACUAUAGCAUCCUGGGAUUUGCAGUUUAGGGAAAGGCAUUUAAAAUUCCUGACCAAAGAGUUUGUGGGUCUCACUAAACUACCAACAGCAGGAUUCUGAAAGGUCAAAGUGAAAUAUAAUGUUAUAGCAGCAUAGUGUGAUGAGAAAUUUAGUACUUGAAAUUAACAUGUGAAAUUGAGAAUUCAAACAGUCUAGGAAUUUUGAGUAAUAUAGAUACAGUUCCCCACGUAAGACCCCCAAAUCCAUAAGGAAUAAGUUACUGGCCUGACCAUUACCACACAAAACUGUCAAUACAACUGAAAACCAUUUAAUAUAGUCACCUUCAGUUCCAGCAUACCAUAGAGUUGCAUUGGGAGAGAAUGAAGAGUCUGUUCACUUGGGCUUCAAAUGGGAAGAACAAAUGGUCAGGUUAAAGAUGGGCACUUAUCCCUUGUAAAGAUCGCACUCUUGUAGUGAACUGCAUUAAGCUCAACAGAGUUUGCUCCCAAUUAAGUGUGUAUAGGAUUAUACCCUUAAUAUGGUAUUCCUAUAGGCAACUGUGAGGCAGGAAACUCCAUUCCAUGAAUGGAACAUAAACUAGGAUCCAAGUCAAAGAAUCUGAUCCCAUCUCAGUUGGAUGUACGUAAGCAAUUAAAAUCAAUAUACUUAAGUGCACCUAACUUGUAGAGAAUUGGCCUGAAAAAUCAAACUUUCCAGUUCUUGCUAUUUGUGACCUCUUUUUUUUAAAAAAAAUAGUGAAACCAAGUACAUUUACUUAUUACUGUAGUUAUUUAAACUAUUUUUAAACAAAAAUAUUUAAUUUGUAAUGCAUGUGACUUUGUUUUUAAAUGGAAAAAUGUUCUGAAAAUACAUAAAAUACAUAAGCUGGCUUUAAAAGGACAGUGUUUUACAUUUAACAAAGAAUUUAUGCACAACUAUUUUCUGUUUAAGUACUGACGCUUUCUUAUUUUUCUCCCUAAAAAGAGGGCGAAAGGUAUGAAAUGUAUUACUGUACUUAAGAGCACUUUCCAAAUAAUGCUAUCCUUUCUGUUUGCUUUCAACUUCCAUAUGAGCAACAUUCUCCUUAGCCAAUUGACUUAAAAGUGGGUUGCAAUAAAUCUAAGGAAACUUAGUUACAAAUAAGCAUGUUUUGGACAGUAUCUAAGAAAACUGACUUAAGCAUCAUUAUUUGGAAACAUGUUCCAUAAAACCAUAUAGAUAUUUUACUCAUGUACUGUCUAUGGAUAUAGAAUUCUGCAGAUGCUUCACUACAGCUAUUAUGCUCUAGCAUGCACUUCAAUAAAGAGGCUGUUGGCCAUGUUGUCUGGGGAUGAUGGCAGUUGUAUUGCAAGUCAUCUCAAGGGCACCAUUUUGGGGGGGAAAUCGAUGUAAAAAUAACCUAUUCCUCCUACACUGAAAUAAACAGGGAGGUUCUUGUAAGCACUUCGGAGCUUCUGUGCAACAUGACAGGAGCAAAUGUCUUUUAGAGCCAGGGAGGUUCUUGUGCAUGGGUGGCAAACAUGCUGGACUGCCAAAACUAUAAAUCCCAUGACUCACAAUGUUCAGGUGCUAGUGACAUUGUAGCCUAACACCUUGUAAUUUGAAGUUUUCCUUUGGAAUGUAAUGUAGGGAACUCAACUUUAGUGAUGUUGCCAAUAUCUUGAAAAAAAUGUUCCCAUUUCUAAUUAUUUAUAUUGUAAAUAGAUUUCUGAAGUAAAUUUGAAGUCAAUGUGUAUAAGAUGUAUUUAUUAUGUGAAGAUUUCUUUUCUUUAAAAAAUACAGCUACCAAUAUGUAGUUUCUGUCUGGUUUC